GUAUAUAUGAUCGAGAAAUUAUGGCAGACUUCAAAGUGAAACUCCGAGCAUAUGCUAAAACAGUCCUUCAUGCAGCGAAAUACCCUCAUUGUGCCGUAAAUGGAGUUCUACUUGCUGAUAAGGAAAAAUUGAAGGACGGAAAAUGUUUGGAAUUCGUAGAUUGCAUACCAUUUUUUCACCAUUCUCUUGCGCUUACUCCGAUGCUGGAGGUGGCUCUGGUACAGGUUGAUGCUUAUUGCCAUGCCCAUGGACUCAAGAUAGCAGCAUACUAUCAAGCUAAUGAACUCUUGAAAGAUAUAGAGCCAGAUUCAAUAGCAGUGAGAAUAGCAGACAGAAUAAAUGAUAACUCUUCAGAUUCAUGUCUUUUAAUGAUUGACAACACAAAACUAACAGGAGGAUGUGAGAAGAGUGCCCUGAGACUCUAUACCUUACAGGAUGGUAAAUGGGGUUAUCGCGGAACACAAACAAGUAACCUGAAGUUGGACAACAGUGAAACCACUUUAAGGAUCACAUCCGAUCUUCUGCGAUCGAGAGCGUACAGCGAUCUAGUUGACUUCGAUACCCAUCUUGGUGACAUCUCAAAAGAAUGGCAAAAUCUUGAGCUGAACGCACAAAUUGAAAACUGUUCAUGAUGUAAGAUAAAUGCCUGCUUUAUCAGGGUGAGGUCUAAAAUCAGUAAAUUGUUGAUUGGUAUACACCUACUUUGUCUAAUAUCCAUUUGAUCUCACCCUCUGUGGUUUAAUCCCGAUUUGUAUGCAACCUGUUUGUCUACUUACCAUCUGGGGCCUGUUUCAUAAAGAGUUGCAACUGUUGUAACUUUGCCAUUAUGGCAACUACCAUGGUAACCUUGAUUUUUGAUUGGCUGCUGAGCCACGUUGCCAUGGUAGUUGUCAUAAUGGCAAAGUUACAACAGUUGUAACUCUUUAUUAAAUGGGCCCCCUGGUCUUAUCGUCAUUUAGAACAUUCACCAUUUUGUAUAAUUCCCAAAGACUGUUGGGCUAUCUCCAUUUCGUCUAAUAUCCACUUGGUCCAACCACUUGUAGUCUAUGAACUGUUUAAUGAACCAAAUUUUAAUUUGAUAAAGCAAAAAAGGUUUACAAAGGGGAUAUUAGACCAACUGGGCAUUAGGUUAAUCUAUGAGAAUUAGUCUUAAGUGAGUAUUAGACUAAGUGUAGUGUAGAGCAAAGUGAUAGUAGACUAAAUGAGUUAAAACCAUGGGGUGGUAUUCUGAUAACUAAACCUAGGUUUAACCCUAGUCUUAACUAGAAUUUCAAACCACACUUCUAUGGAAUGCCGGGCUUCAUCAUAUUUUUCUAUAUUCAUGCCAAUUAUAAUGCAUCAAUUCAUUAAAAUUCCUAAUAUUUUUGUUUAAUUUACCAUUUCUACCCAUGUCAUGACUCAAUUAAUUUUUUAACAACUUUUUGCAGCGGAUGAAAAUAAUUUUUAAUUGGUGAAUGAGUUGACAACUGGCACUCCAUAUAGUGUGGUCUAAGUUAACCCAGGUUUCACCAAAUCAUGGCUAUCUGAAUACCACCCAUGUUUUAUAGACCUGAGAAGUAGACCAACUGUAGACCAAGUAACUGGGUUCUGUAACACAAAGGUUAGCAAUUAAUCAUACGCUUGAUUUUCACAAUUAAUUGUACAUUGUAAUCAAUACAAUCAAUUGUAGAAAAAUGUUUUUUACGAUUGAUUGCUAAGCUUUGUGUUACAGGCCCCAGGGCCCCGUUGCAUAAAACUUUUGCCGGUCUAAAUUCUAAAGCAUUUUGCUGGGUGUAAGAAAGUUAUUGUGCUGUCAAACUAAAGGCUAAUUAUGUUAUUUUGUGUAAAAUGGAAUAUCAGUUAAAAACGUAGGGAAGCUAUUCUGGAAAUUGUUUAAUUUUUUUCUUUUAAAAUGUAUUUUCUAGUUAUCAAAGCACAUCUUAUCACCUAGGUGGAAGCUGCAGCUACAGACCGUCUUUGCUGUAACCAGUCUGAUGCUCUUACACAAAACGCAAGCAAUAGGUGUGAUGCAGCGAGAUUACUAGCAGUUGCUGUUGAGCUGCCGCCUGUACCCCGUGUCUUGCUUUCGUUGUUUCCUUAUUUUGAACGACUGUCCGAUGGCCGUUUUUUUUUAACGAAAAUUCUGUGCUGAAUCUUAAUCAAUUAAAAGAAAACAACUGAAAAUCAAGACAAGAUGGUACGGGCACUGGGUAAUCCAUUGUUUGUAGUCUUGUCACAUCAGAUGCAAUGUUUAGCAUGACAGCAAAGAUAUACAUGCAGCCUCCACCUAGACCAUAGGCUUAUGAAAGCACAGUUGAAAAUUGGUAUCAGACCUGGUGGGUGUUUCAUUAAGCUGUUGGUAAGUUAAGAGCGACUUUAAGAACGACUGGUGAACCUUUCUUGUGCGCUAAACAAUCACCAAUGAACGUUAAAUGGUGAAUAUCAUUUACCAGAAGAAAGGAUCACCAAGUCAUUCUUAAAGUCACUCUUAACUUACAAACAGCUUUAUGAAAUGUCCCCCGUGUAA